AUGAGCUGCGUGUAAGAUGGCAAGAUGCGUUCUUGCCCCUCCCGUUGCUAGAAAAUGACUCCGGUGCGCCCAAGACGCACCCCGCUCGCCUCCCCCACUCGUCCUUGUAGACUCACCCCCACCCCGGUGUAAGAAUGGAAGUGGAUCGUGCGUGAUAUUUAAGAAGAGGAAAGUGAAAAGGGAUCUGUGUAGAUUUCAUUUUCCUUUUGUUCCAUGUUACCACCACCCCCUACUCCCUGAUGGAUUUUUUGCAAUUAAAUAAAAAAUAAAAAAAUCAAGUCCUCUUUGUUGCUCCGGUGGGUGUGUGUGUGUGUGUGUGUGUGUGUGUGUUGGGGCAGCUCCGAGAGUCGUGGGGUUGAGGGGGGGGGUUAGGGACAUUGGCAAAAGGUGGCCAGUACCAAUAUAGUUCGUGGCGCAAAACGAGCGCAAAACUUUGGCAUCCUUUUGGAGGAGACCCAAGAUUUCGUUAAUUGCCCUCCGCAAUGUCCUAUUUACGGGGUAUUUUUAUCCGCGAUUUCCCAAAGAUUUCCUUAAAAAGAUGUCAACAACUUUGGCGGCCCCCCCCCCCCAUAGCUGUCAACUUUUCCCUUUUCUUGCGAGGAAUCCUAUUCGGAAUAAGGGAAUUUCCCUUAAAAAAAGGAAAACGUUGACAGCUAUGUCCCCAACACACACAUCAAAUCCUGGCUACGCCCAUGGCUGCCACCUUAAAUAAUAAUAAUAAUAAUAAUUAAUAUUAAUAUUAAUAAUAAUAAUAAUAAUAAUAGCCACUCUGGGCGGCUUAAAUGCUUAACCACUGAAAAACAAAAACAACCCGCUAUCUACACAAGCCAGCCCUCGGCGCGCAAGAGCAGCGACUCAUUUCUUGCCCAGCCGCAAAUCCGCGCAAAUCUUGCAGUGAUUCCUGCGGCGCUACGGCCGGACCACCUUCUCGCCCUUGGAUGAGAGGGGCAUUCAAAGCCGUGUCUCGAAAGGAUGCGCCUCUCUUCCCCUUUCGUAGCUCUUUGGUGAACGGCUGGGGGGCGGGGCCGGGGCCGGGGCGGAACCUUUCGUUUACGUGGUGACGCCAGACGCAAGCGGGGCGGAAAUGUCUGCCCAGGUACGGCGGGGUGGAAGCGGCGCACCUUCUUAAAGGGGCAGCUCGCGAAGGGACGAGGUCGCCUUUCGUGGGCUGAGCAGGCGACCUCGCGAGGGUGGGGAGGAUCGGUGGGUUGGAAAACACAUACACACGCCGGGGGUCCCUGCGGAGGUCGGGGCAGCUGGGUACCCUUUGCCCCGGGCCUGGCAGGGCUAAGGGGGCCAAGCCAGGGUCCAGGGAUCGGGUCCUUUUUUGCAUGCGGGGUUUGAGUCUUGGGAGGUUUGUGCUGCGGGGCUGGGAACGGCCGCCUCCCCUUAGAGGGCUCCUUUCUGCCUAGCCAAUAUUGAUGUUGAGGGGUGGGGUGAGAUGGGGUAGGAAGCCCACCUGCCAUCAUCCUCUGUCUCUUAGAUUCGGAAUGAAACUUCUCAACCACAGUAGUUCUAAAUUACUUUCUUUUGAUCCCAAGUGCUCAGAAAAAUCCGUCCAAAUCUUCAGUCGUUUGAAAACUUUUGUUGUUGUUGUUGUUUAGUUGUUUAGUCGUGUCCGACUCUUUGUGACCCCAUGGACCAGAGCACGUCAGGCACUCCUGUCUUCCACUGCCUCCCGCAGUUUGGCCAAACUCAUGUUGGUAGCUUCAAGAACACUGUCCAACCAUCUCAUCCUCUGUCGUCCCCUUCUCCUUGUGCCCUCCAUCUUUCCCAGCAGCAGGGUCUUUUCCAGAGAGUCUUCUCUUCUCAUGAGGUGGCCAAAGUAUUGGAGCCUCAGCUUCAGGAUCUGUCCUUCCAGUGAGCACUCUGGGCUGAUUUCCUUCAGAAUGGAGAGGUUUGAUCUUCUUGCAGUCCGUGGGACUCUCAAGAGUCUCCUCCAGCACCAGAAUUCAAAAGCAUCAAUUCUUCGGUGAUCAGCCUUCUUUAUGGUUCAGCUCUCACUUCCAUACAUCACUACUAGGAAAACCAUAGCUUUAAAUAUACGGACCUUUGUUGGCAAGGUGAUGUCUCUGCUUUUUAAGAUGCUGUCUAGGUUUGUCAUUGCUUUUCUCCCAAGAAGCAGGCAUCUUUUAAUUUCAUGGCUGCUGUCAGUGAUCAUGGAGCCCAAGAAAGUAAAAUUUCUCACUGCCUCCAUAUCUUCCCCUUCUAUUUGCAAGGAGGUGAUUGGACCAGUGGCCAUGAUCUUCGUUUUUUUGAUGUUGAGCUUACAUCAUGUAAUCAUGAUGUAAGAGGGCACCUUUCUGCCUAGCCAGGAUUGGUGUUGAGGGGUGAGGUGAGAUGGGGCAGGAAGCCCACCUGCCAUCAUCCUCUAUCUCACAGAUUUGGAAUGAAACGUCUCAACAACAACAACAACAACAGCAACAACAUAAUAAUAAUAAUAAUAAUUUUUUAUUUAUACCCCGCCCAUCUGGCUGGCUUCCAAUCAAGUGUUAAAAACAAUACAGCAUUAAAUAUUAAAAACUUCCCUAAACAGGGCUGCCUUCAGAUGUCUUUUGAAGAUAAGACAGCUACUUAUUUCCUUCACAUCUGAAAGGAGGGUGUUCCAUAGGGCAGGCACCACUACCGAGAAGGCCGUCUGUCUGGUUCCCUGUAACCUCACUUCUCGCAAUGAGGGAACCGCCAGAAGGCCCUCGGUGCUGGACCUCAGUGUCCGGGCUGAACGAUGCGGGUGGAGACGCUCCUUCAGGUAUACAGGACCAAGGCCGUUCUAAAUUACUUUCUUUUGAUCCCAAGUGCUCAGAAAAAUCCGUCCAAAUCUUCAGUCGUUUGAAAACUAGGAAGUUAAAUAGAACAAUAACACCAGGGAGUACCUUCCAUGCGGUUAACGAGUAUAUUUUGCAAAAUUGACAAAGAACAUGCCUGUUUGCAUCUUAAGAUAAAGUUUUCUUGGAUUGGCUGGAAACCUUUUCAGUACUGCACUUCCUUCUCAAAUUCCUCCUUUUUCUUCCAGUGCAGUUUUUCUGUGCACAUUCAGCAAGCGUAGCCCAUUGAGAAACUCCCUCAUCAUUCUUGACCAGGUCUUUACUCUCCACAAGUACUGAAGGACCGCUCUACUGUUGCUGCAUGGCUGAGCAAGAGAAAUGAGCAGAGCGUUUUUGUUGGUACGGUAAAAGAUUUUUUCCUCUUUUACUAGGUCUGCUGCGUUCAGCUCCUUCAACUGCUCUUUGUGAGCAUUUCAGUUUUAAAUAUUCUGAUUAUUUCUACUUUUAGUUAAGUAUUUUUAUUUAUUUCUUGAUUGCUAGGGGGCUGGGCAGCAGCUGACCCCCUGGCUACACCCAUGCCUCUCGCCCUGCUCCCUUUUUCAUGGAGGGCAAAGCUACCAAUGGGUCUCUCUCUCUCCUCUGUCAGACGCCUCAUGCCUCCUAGAAUCACAGGAGCGGGCAAAGUGUUGUGACACCUGUGUCUAUCUGAGUGCUGGGCCAAGUGGGCCACUGGCUGUCCUUAUGCGUCCCUACUUCCUCUCUGUGCAGGGGGUGCCUCCUCAGCCAGGGCCAGUUCAAGGUAUUCUUCUGCCUGAAGCACUUGAGAGGCAGGAUUCCCACCCCAUUCCCUGUACAGGAUCUGGCUCCGCUGGUUGUUGAAUCUCAGGCAAUAGGACAAGGUGGCAGCAGCAGCUUAGGAGACUCCUGGCAGAUGCCUCGCUCUCUGCCUAAUGAUAGGGCCAGCCCAGUUCUUCCUGGCUGCAGGGGAUUCCUUUCUGAGGCUUCCUCCAGGAAGGAAUAAUGGAGAAGGGAUGUUUCUGAGCAUGGGCAGAGUACACCAGCCUCUAUGUUACUGGAGAAUGUAGGGGUGGUUAGGGUGGAAACCACUAAGCUUGAGCUUUUAACACCCUUCUUCCGAAUUUUCCCCCAAAACAUGUUCUGGGAUCACACUGCACACACACUGCUUUUCUGCCUGCCAUUUCCUGGGGCUUCAUGCCGUGUGCAGUCUCUCCCCUAUAUCCUCGUAGUCACCACUUGCUCUGUCUUGCUUUGCAGAAAUAUCGAGGAAAGUGAGUAUGAUUGUCCCCCCAGGAUCUGUCGUCGUCACGGACUGGCACAAGACUCCAGAGGGCAAGGAAUACUUUGCCACUCUCUUGCGCCAGAACAAGCGCAGGCUGUUUGGUGAGUAGGGGAGUGACAAGAGCCUUUUGGCAUGCAAACAGGAGUGCAGACUUCUCUGGCAAGGAGAAGGGGCUCUGCACGUGCUCAGAGGCACUGUCGGUUUACUGCCAUAACUCUGACACGUUUCCACAUUUUGUGAGCUGGGAAUGUGUGCUUUCGCUUUGGGUUGCUUGAGGCUGCAGCGGCCAACUCACAGGGCUUGCUGUUCCUUUGCAGGGCUGACUGAAAGGCCAGUGCUGCCCCCACAAGUGGGUGCUGAUAUUGCAAGCUACAAGGUCUUCGUGUCGGGGAAGAGCGGCGUGGGCAAGACUGCACUGGUGGCCAAGCUGGCUGGUCUGGAGGUGCCGUUGGUCCACCACGAGACAACAGGUGAUGCUGGCAAGGGAAGGAGGCAGUCGCGGUUUUCUCCCUCCCCAAGGAAAUAUUUCUCCUUUUGCAAAACUGAGCUCAUUGCCUCCAUCUUAAACCCCACGACGGGGUGAGCUCCUGUUGCUCGGUCCCUGCUCCUGCCAACCUAGCAGUUCGAAAGCACGCAGUGCAAGUAGAUAAAUAGGUACCACUCUGGCGGGAAGGUAAACGGCGUUUCCGUGCACUGCUCUGGUUUGCCAGAAGCGGCUUAGUCAUGCUGACCACAUGACCCAGAAGCUGUACGCCGGCUCCCUCGGCCAGUAAAGCGAGAUGAGCACUGCAACCCCAGAGUCGGCCACGACUGGACCUAAUGGUCAGGGGUCCCUUUACCUUUAUAGGCCUCAUGCUGCCAGAGUUAUAUUUGUAAUCAUGAAGUUCAACAGGCAGAAGUUGCUUUGUGGGUCCCAAUGGACAAAGGAGAUAAAAGCAGUCUUGUUGGAGUGACUUCAAUGAGUGCAGGACUGUGCAACUUUCUGAAUUUCAUGACAUAUUUGCUUAGGAAAAAGUGUCUGAUGAAGAGUUCUGUGAAAUCCAGAAGCCUGGUGAUGUGGCCCAAAUUAACGUAUCACUUUGCCUAAAAUAGCAUUUCUCUGAAAUGCUGUCAGGCUCUGGGGACUUGGCUUCCUCCCCUCGCUUUGGCUGUAGAUAAGCAGGACAAAGUGAAAAGAGUCCCUUACCAUUUAAGUCUUUAAUGAUCACAGCAAAAGAACAAAGCAUUGAUUCUCGGAAUAAAAGGUAAAGGACCCCUGACAGCUAAGUUCAGUCGCGAACGACUCUGGGGUUGCGGCGCUCAUCUCGCUUUACUGGCAGAGGGAGCCGGCAUUUGUCCGCAGACAGUUUCUUUUCUUUUUUUUAAAUGAUAUUUAUUAAAGUUUCCGAUAAAAAAAAAAGGGACACAUCAGUAAGAAAGAAUUAAAAGUAAAAAGAAAAAUACACAAUACAAAAAUACACAAUACAAAAUACCAAAAAAAAGGCCAAAGAGAAAACAGUUAAAAACAAUACCACCUUUUCAUCACCACUUUUAAAUUUACUUAUUUUCUGGACCUCCUCAUACCUCCCUCUUUUGUAUUCCAGUUCAAUUUGUUUGUCCAGCAAUUUCUUUCCCUCUUUUUUUAAUCCCAAUCCUUAAUCUUAAUAUAAUAUAACAUUAAAUUUUUACCUAUUAAAAGCCAAUUUUCCAUUUCUUUUAACUUUUUUUAAUCCUAAUCCUUAAUCUUGAUCUAUAUAUAACUUUAAAGCCUGUACAGCUAGAAACCACUUAAUUUCAAUCCAACAUCACUCUAACAUUCUUUAAUUUUGCAAUGUUUCUGUAGAUAAUCUUUAAAUUUCUUCCAAUCUUCUUCCACCGACUCUUCUCCCUGGUCACGAAUUCUACCAGUCAUUUCCGCCAGUUCCAUAUAGUCCAUCAGUUUCAUCUGCCAUUCCUCCAGUGUGGGUAGCUCUUGUGUCUUCCAGUACUUUGCGAUGAGUAUUCUUGCUGCUGUUGUUGCGUACAUAAAGAAAGUUCUAUCCUUUUUUAACACCAAUUGGCCGACUAUGCCCAGGAGAAAGGCCUCUGGUUUCUUCAAGAAGGUAUAUUUAAAUACCUUUUUUAGUUCAUUAUAUAUCAUUUCCCAGAAAGCCUUAAUCUUUGGGCACGUCCACCAAAGGUGAAAAAAAGUGCCUUCAGUUUCUUUACAUUUCCAACAUUUACUAUCGGGCAAAUGGUAGAUUUUUGCAAGCUUGACUGGGGUUAUGUACCACCUGUAUAUCAUUUUCAUAAUAUUCUCUCUUAAGGCAUUACAUGCCGUAAAUUUCAUACCUGUGGUCCAUAACUGCUCCCAGUCAGCGAACAUAAUGUUGUGUCCAACGUCUUGUGCCCAUUUAAUCAUAACAGAUUUCACCGUUUCAUCCUGAGUGUUCCAUUUCAACAGCAAGUUAUACAUCUUUGACAAAUUCUUAGUUUUGGGUUCUAACAGUUCAGUUUCUAAUUUUGAUUUUUCCACCUGGAAGCCAAUUUUCUUGUUCAAAUUAAAUGCCUCCAUUAUCUGAAAAUAAUGAAGCCAGUCUCGCACUUUGUUUUUUAAUUUUUCAAAACUCUGCAAUUUCAGUCUAUCUCCAUCUUGUUCCAAAAUUUCCCAAUAUUUCGGCCAUUUGACCUCCAUAUUGAGUCUUUUCAAGGCUUUCGCUUCCAUUGGUGACAGCCACCUUGGAGUUUUGUUUUCUAAUACAGUGGUGCCCCGCAAGACGAAUGCCUCGCAAGACGGAAAACCCGCUAGACGAAAGUGUUUUCCGUUUUGGAGGUGCUUCGCAAAACGAAUUUCCUAUGUGCUUGCUUUGCAAGACGAAAAUGUCUUGCGAGUUCCUGCGGGGGUUUUUUCCUCCCCCCCCCCUUUUUCCCAAGCCGCUAAACCGCUUAUCAGCUGAUGGCUAAGCCGCUUAACAGCUGAUGCUAAGCCGCUUAUCAGCUGAUCGUUAAGCCGCUUAUCAGCUUAUCGUUAAGCCGCUUAUCAGCUGAUCGUUAAGCCGCUUAUCAGCUGAUCGUUAAGCCGCUUAUCAGCUGAUCCACUAAGCCCGCUAAGCCGCUAAUACUGUAGCACUAAUCCGCUAAACCGCUAAUGGGCUUGCUUCGCAAGACGAAAAAACCCGCAAGACGAAGAGACUCGCGGAACGGAUUCUUUUCGUCUUGCGAGGCACCACUGUAAAUCUUUGUAUCUUAUCCAAACAUUAAACAAUGCUUUCCUAACAAUGUGAUUUUUAAAUGCUUUAUGUGCUUUGACCUUAUCAUACCACAGAAAUGCAUGCCAUCCAAAUACAUUGUUGAAACCUUCUAGAUGCAAAAUAUCAGUGUUUUCAAGAAGCAGCCAUUCUUUCAGCCAGCAAAAAGCUGCUGAUUCAUAAUAAAGUUUAAGGUCUGGCAGGGCAAAUCCACCUCUUUCCUUUGCAUCCGUUAGUAUUUUAAAUUUUAUUCUGGGCUUCUUGCCCUGCCAGACAAAUCUAGAAAUAUCUUUCUGCCACCUCUUGAAACAAUCCAUUUUGUCCACAAUUUGCAAAGUUUGAAACAAAAGCAGCAUUCUAGGCAAUACAUUCAUUUUUAUCGCAGCAAUACGGCCCAGCAGUGAAAGCUUCAAAUUUGACCAAAUUUCUAAAUCUUUUUUCACUUCAGCCCAACAUUUUUCAUAAUUAUCUUUAAAUAAAUUCCCAUUUUUUGCUGUCAUGUUGAUCCCCAGGUAUUUAACUUUCUUAACCACUGUUAAACCUGUCACAUUCUGAAACCUCUCUCUCUCCAUUGGUGUUAGAUUUUUCUCUAAAACCUUAGUUUUUAACUUGUUCAAUUUAAAUCCUGCAACUUGACCAAAUUCUUGAAUCAGUUCUAAAACCCUUUUAGUACUAGAUUCUGGCUCCUGUAACGUCAAUACUAAAUCAUCUGCAAAUGCUCUCAAUUUGUACUGUUUAGCUCCGACCUGUAUACCUUUAACCAACUGGUCCCUUCUAAUCAUGUUCAGCAAAACCUCCAGGACCGAAAUAAAAAGGAGUGGGGAAAUUGGGUAACCUUGUCGUGUCCCUUUUUCAAUUUUAAGUUCUUCCGUCACCACAUUAUUUACAAUUAAUUUAGCCUUUUGUUCUGAAUAAAUUGCACUUAUACCAUUCUCAAAGCCUUGGCCUACCCCCAUGCCCUGUAGAUUCUUCUUCAUAAAGUUCCAAGAAAUAUUGUCAAAAGCUUUCUCCGCAUCCACAAAUAUCAAAACUGCUUUAGUGUUUAUGUUCACUUCUAGUUUUUCCAGAAUAUCAAUUAUAUUCCUCAGAUUGUCAGACAAAUGUCUUCCUGGGAGAAAGCCCGCUUGAUCUUUAUGAAUCUCUUCCAUCAACACUUUUUUAAAUCUCUUAGCCAAAAUGUCAGCAAAAAUUUUGUAAUCCACAUUAAGUAAUGAUAUAGGGCGGUAGUUCUUAAGCUGUGUCUUUUCAGUCUCUAUUUUCGGUACACGUGUAAUAUAUGCUUCUUUCCACGACUCUGGUGCUCUUUUCCCCUCCAUUAUUUCAUUACAGACCUCUUUCAAAGGUUGCAUUAACCAUGCUUUCAAAGAUCUGUAAUAUCUAGAAGUCAAUCCAUCCGGUCCUGGAGAUUUACCCAAUUGCAUAUUUUGAAUGGCACCUUGUCCGCAGACAGUUUCCAGGUCAUGUGGCCAGCAUGACUAAGCUGCUUCUGGUAGCACACGGAAACGUCGUUUACCUUCCCGCAAGUGCUUUCGAACUGCUAGGUUGGCAGGAGCAGGGACCAAGCAACGGGAGCUCACCCCGUCGUGGGGAUUCAAACUGCCGACCUUCCGAUUGGCAAGCCCAAGAGGCUCAGUAGUUUACACCACAGCGCCACCCGUAUCUCAGAAUAAAGGUGUUCCCAAUUAAGGAUUCCACCCACUUCCCCCCCCCCCCAGUCACUUCUGUCUUGCAACCUGAUCUUGCAACCACUGUGCUUUUUGUAUAGCCACCUUAUCCACUCUACAUGACCUUGGACUGAUAUGCUGAAUACCUUCCAGCAAGACAGAGUCUGUUAGCUCUCUCUCUUCCUGUUCUUCAUUUUGCUGUUCACCCCCUGGUUUGUCCCAACUUUUGUCUUCAGAACUAUGCCCCUCUGCAAACCACUGUUCCAAAUCUAUACUGCUCCACUGCUCCUGGGCAGCUUAAGGAUCCUGAUCAUGAGCAGGGGGACAUGGUUCUGGACAGCCAAGAGUUAACACUCCAGGAGCCUUCUGAUUCACUGGGUGCAUUGCCCACCCGACCCGGGCAUUUUCCUUUGAUCUGUGCUCUGUGGGGGCUGAGCUCCCUCUGGAGAGCAGUCUGUCUGAGAAUGUGAGCAAGCUAGUUUCGUUUUUGUUAGAGUCAGAACGGUGCGAAAAUGCAGCUAGAUUCUGUAGGUUUUCUUUUCUGUUUGUUAUGCUUCUAAAUACAAGAGUGUUAGAUUAGAAGCGCUGGUGUCGAGUUGAGUUAUUGAAGACACCACGUCGACACAGACAAGCCAUUUUACGCUGCGUGUGAACUCUGCUAACGUCCGACAACUGAGAAGAGUGGCAGUGCACGAGUGGAAGCGUGCGGGCACCAUUGAAGUUUGUCGGCAAGUCCUAGGCUCUGUGGUUUAACCCGCGUCCCUAGGGUUGCUGUUUUUUAAGUUGAAAGCCGAGACACCCGUGAUUCUGUUCUAGCUGAAGCUGUUGUGUUGCAGGGAUCCAGACCACAACUGUGUAUUGGCCAGCCAAGCUCAGAGAGAGUGGGAAAGCCAUCUUCUUCAAGUUCUCCUUCUGGGACUGUGGCGAAGCCGUCCUUAAGAAGUUUGAUCACGUCUUGCCGGUGAGUGUGCUUGCAGAAGGAGGUUCAGGGCUCCUCACAGAGCCAAACUGCAUCCUGACAUUCAGAGAAACAUCUGCUGUUGGGAUCAGGUCAGGCGCACCAUUGCUAAUUCCCUUCCAAGAGAGAUCAGGCAGGUCCCACAUCUCUAUAUGUUGUACAGCAGGCCCUGUUCUUUGCUGCUUUUUCAGAACGGUAUGUAUUUGUUUGUUUCCUUAAUUCAAAAAAAAUUAAAUAAAAUUCUCAAUUUUUACAAAUUGUAAGUAAUAUAGCUUCUCUAUAAGGGAGUAAAAGAAGACUCUGAAAAGGUGGAUGGGAAGUCAACGGAUAUGAGAGAUUUGUUUUGACUGUAUUUUAAAAGAAUAUGUAAAAUUUUAAUUGGGCUCCUAACAUUUGCAUUGCUUUUAUAAAAAAAACCUCUCAUCAUAUUGUGAUUUUAAGUUCUGCUGAUCAUUCUUUUAACGUACAAUUUCAUUAAUUGCUUUUAAAUUUUGCUUAACAUAUUGCUGGCUGUAUGUUUGCUUAUUUGUCCUUGUUUCCUUGUGGGAAAAUGCUUCUGAAAAACAGGAUAUACCAUUUGUUAAAUAAAUGAUGAAACAAGGGAAGAAAAAGGUGGGCUGAUUUCUGCUUCUCCUCUCCCCAUGCCCCAACAGGCUUGCACAGAGAAAGUGGACGGUCUCCUGCUCCUCUUUUCGUUCACAGAUCGGGCAUCCUUUGAUGACUUGCCAAACCAAAUCUCUCGGGUGGCUGAUGGGGCCAAUAAUGCCAUCAGAAUGGUGGUUGGCACCAAGUAUCCUUCCAGCUCUUUGGUGUGUGUGCACACUCUGUCAUUAAAACUCACGACUUGUUGCAAGGUGCUUGAAAGGGAAGGCAACGCUGCACGUGCUCAGGUGCAUUUUACCCUUAGGAUCUCUUUCUUUAAGUGAAAAGUUUGCACAGGAGGAAGACACUGCACAUGCUCAGAGGUACUCAUGACUGCUUGUUUGUUUUCACCUUCUUUAUCCUGCCUUUCCAAGAUAAAAAUCACACCAAAGGAGACUUGCAGGUAAAAAUGUAGUGUAGCAGUGCUCUUUUUCUAGAAAAAGAGGUGCUGGAUGUCACCAUAGACACCUCCCUCGUUCUCUUAUUUUAUUUUAUUUUUUAUAAAUAUUUAUUAAGAUUUUCACAAUAUUACAAAAUUAGAAAAGUAAAAGAAGAAAAAAUACAAAAUAAAAAUAAUUAAAAACAAUUCAAUCUUUUUAUCAUUUAUUUUUCAUUUACUUGUUUCCCAGACCUCCUCAUACCUCCCUUUCUUGUAUUCCAGUUCAAUUUGUUAGUUCAGCAGUUCCUUUCCCUCCUUAAUUCAUCCUAAUCUUUAAACCUUAAAUAUAUUAUAACAUUAAAUUUUUACCUGUUAAAAAUCCAUUUUUUCAUAUUCUUUUAUACCAUUACAGCUAGAAACCACUUAACUUCAAUCCAAUAUCAUUCUAACAUUCAUUGAUUUUGCAGUUUUUCUGUAAGUAGUCUUUAAAUUUCUUCCAAUCUUCUUCCACCGACUCUUCUCCCUGGUCUCGGAUUCUGCCAGUCAUUUCCGCCAAUCUCCCGCGUUCUCUUAGAAUGGCAAUGGCACCCACCUGAGAGGUGCUGGAACUGAUUUGCCCCCAGAAAAAAAGCCCUGGGUGUAGGUUUUAAAAAAACAAAAACCAUCAUGUUAAAAAGCCAGCUCAGCAACUUCAGAUGAAAAACAUUGUCACCAGAUGCUCUGUGUAAUAAAAUAUACCAGUCUAAAGAGCCCAUUUAAAAGCAAGUAAAGAGGGUGACAGAUGGAGAAAAUGGAUCUCUGAACAAAUUUUUGUCUUUUGGAAAUGGAAGGUGUCAAGAAAAUAAAAUAGACACAUUGUUGUUUCCUUUUAUUUUCUGGGUCGUCUAGGGUGUGUGUGGGGGGGUCCCCCAUCACCAUGAUUUUGAGCUGCUUUGAUUAUAGUUGUAGAAAAGUUAGGAAAGAAUAAAACAUUGAAAGCAAAAUAAUUAAAUAGUAGAACGAAAGAGUGUGGAUCAGGGCCAAACUUUGUGUGAUGAUAAAUGCACUGGAUUAAAAGCAGGCUAAAGCUGGCCACUUUUCUGUUGAGGAAAAGGCUGCCGCAGGGGCCUGAUCCAGACUUUUGUAGGAGCAAGUCCUGGACUGGGCAGUUUUUGCUUCAGAAUAAAAGCGGCCAGUUUAACCACAAUGUUAAAAAAGGCAUGUUCCUCCCCAAAGGGAGCUCAUCCCUCAGGCCGGGGUCUUCAGAGAGGAGUUGCUACACCUUUGUUGUGGUCUGUGUGGAGAGAGAUUUGCGUGUCUGGCGAUCCACUUCCUUGACCGGCUCUCUCCAGGUUUGACCAGUUCGCCCACACCGACGUCACGGACCGGGACGUGACUGCCUUCCGCCAUACUUGGGGCUUGCCGGUCUUGCGGGCCAAGAGUGUCAACGCGCCACGGUUGGCCGACGGACAGACCCUGGACGGCCGUGCUGGACUCUCGGAUGUGGCCCACCUCCUGAACGGGCUGGCAGAGCAUCUUUGGCGGCAGGACCAACUGGUGGCCGGCCUCAUUGCUCCCUCCAUGACUCCUGGGCCCCUGGAAGAGCAAAAUCCCUGGUAAAAGUACCCUGGGGUGGCCCGUCUUUUUUCAUAGCCUUUUCCCCCAGAUGAGCCAUUGGGUGGCACUCAAAACCUUUCUUCUGCCAAGCCUGGGCGUGGAGGACCGCUAGGCCGAAGCCAUCGCUGCCAUGGCAACCAUGGUGGCAGGAACACAUUAUAGCCAUGCUUAGGAAAGAACAGGUCUGGCUGAUGGAGAAGACAGCCUCCUCAAGGCCAGGUGGCCCUCCGAGAGACUCUUCCCCCGCCACCUCCACAAAGCCCACAGCACCCUUAUUGUUUGCGCAGAUUUAUCCGGGGUCUGUUAGCACUGAAUUUCAGCUCUGGGCUUCGACUUGGUAGGAAGAAGAGUGAGGAAUACUUCUGCCUUCUCCUUAGCCAUGAGCAGAAGGUGUCCCAAAAGGAAAUCAACCUCUCCCUGUGGUGGAGUCGGAUCGUGCCCACAGGGAGUGGGAAAAGUGUACCCGGCCCCCUCCUCUGUAAUUUGGUGUUGCUUUCACGCCAGUAAAUCUAGUAAAUGGCUUUCAUUUAUCAGAGAGCUUGUGUGGCAUGUGCUUCAUUCUGCUAAAGGCUCAGUAGCAGCAUCCCAACCAACGCCCCCCCCCAGUCCAGUUUGGGCUCCUGCCAAGGUCAGAACAGCAGCACCCCCUGCUUCUUUCCCCAUGGAUCUCCCCUCACCCGGCAAAUUCUGUGUAAUGAGAGACUCGGCAGGUCUGGAGAUGCUGUUCGGCUGGAAGACCUAAGUGCUUUGCAGUGAACGCUUCCCAAACGGCAGGCAGCAGAUGGUCCAAAGUGUCUUGGGAUUUGCCAUACGUGCUAUCUGCCAGGCUUACUUGGGGGCAGGAGGGGGACGCAGGCGCUGUCUCCACAGAACGUUUCCAUGGAUCCCUUCCAUGGCUUUUGCGGCUGCUGGCUGCUUUCCCCUCAGCUCAGUGCAAGCUGGUCCUUUCUUUCCCUCCUGAUGAUAAACUUUGGUUAGAGGUUUCCUGACACAACCCCACUGGAAGGUUCUGGGUGGGCAGGAAACUGCAGGACCCCCAGGCAGAAAACGGGAAUGUAGAAAAAUGGUUGCACUUUUCAGAUCCUUGCCCACCACUGCCUCCUUGCUGAACCUGCCAGCAUGGUGUAGUGGUUAAGAGCAGUGGACUCGUAAUCUGGUGAACCGGGUUCGAUUCCCUGCUCCUCCACAUGCAGCUGCUGGGUUGACCUUGGGCUAGUCACACUUCUCUGAAGUCUCUCAGCCCUACUCACCUCACAGAGUGUUUGUUGUGGGGGAGGAAGGGAAAGGAGAUUGUUAGCCGCUUUGAGACUCCUUAGGGUAGUGAUAAAGCGGGAUAUCAAAUCCAAACUCUUCUUCUUCUGAUAUCUGAACCUUAAAAGGCUCCUUCCUAUGAGGGGAGCCUGAUUCAAUGGCUGCAACCUAGGGCUGGCUUUACCUGUGCCCUCAUCCCUCCUGCUGACACCGCUCUCAUGGCAUCGGAGAACUCGGUAGAUGCUUAAUCUCAGGGUGAUGAUUGCCGCGGGUUGGACUAGAUGACCCUCGUGGUCUCUUCCAACUCUGCAAUUCUGUGAUGAACGUUAACCCAGUACGCAGUGUUUUAGCAUUUGCCUUCACAAUCAUCCUGCAAGAUGGGCCAAUGGGGUGGGAUUGUAACUGGCUGCCUUUCCCAAACUCUGUGCUGUGAGAAAUCGUGACGUGUAAGGAAAGAGUCUCAGCCCAGGGCCUGACUGCUCCACAUGUCCACUUAAUCUCUGACGCCACAGGCACUGCUUUGCUCUGUGCAGCUUAGAGAGGAGGCUAUUGGGCCUGGGAGGUUUUCCUACCUCUCCAGAGAAGCGGAGGCAACUUCUCAUAUGUGAUUACCCCAGUAUCUUCUUUUUUAAAACGAGGCCUUUUCAUAAUACAAUACAUUUAAAAAAUGAAUCUAAAUGAAAACACAAAGAGAAAAACAAAAAAACCUAACAGAAGCAAAAGCAAAGCAAGGAAAGAAGAAGAAAAAGAAGCGGGAAGAUAAAAAUAAUAAAAGAAUGAAAAAACAGCAAAUUGUAGAGUUGGAAGGGACCACAAGGGUCAUCUAGUUCAACCCCCUGCAAUGUGGGUUUGACUCAAACCCACAACCCUCAGAUUAAGAGUCUCAUGGUCUAUCCUAAAGUAUUCACUCCAUCUGCUUAGUGAGAUUUCCCCAGUUUUCAGACUUAGACAUGUCAAGUUCAUUCAUUUUUCCUUCCACACAAAAAGUCUAAAAGGGGUUCUCUAAUUACUGUAUUUUUCCAUGUAUAAGACUAGGUUUCCCCCCUAAAAAAUAAUAUCAAAAAUUAGGGGGCAUCUUAUACUCUGGGCCAUCUCCCCCCAUUUUCUUAAAUUUGAGUCCCCCAAAAUAGGGGGCGUCUUAUACAUGGGGACGUCUUAUAGACGGAAAAAUACAGCAUUAUUAUCAAUAAAUUUCAGCAGAAGUCUCCCUCCAGACCAGCAUAACAACUUUACCUCAAAUGUUGAGAAGCAAUGAAUCCUUCAUCUUUAUUCACAGAGUUUCUUCACUGUAAUCACAUUAAAACAGUAAUCUAUAGUUAUUCACUUAUUGUGUAUUCAUUAAUUCACACCCAGUUCCAUAUCUUCCAUUCCUGAUUCUUGCUGGCCAUGGUUUUCCAACCUGAUUUAGAAAAAUAAAAUCCUCCUAUUUCCUCUUCUUCCAGGACUGUUUCCAGAAGCUUGGUAGCUUUCCCCUCGAAAUUCACUCCAAAUUGUAUACAGAAUCCUUUCUUCCUCAGUUCUGUCUCUACCACUUCAGAAUAUUUCUUAAUUUCUCCAUCCAUCGUUUCAUCCCACUAUUCUACCAUCACUAUUCUACCAUCCACCACAUGACAGUUUCACACCUCCAGGCCCCUGUGUGAAGGUCUUCUCCAUUUCAUCAUCUACUGCCUCAAGCUUUACCAUUCCAAUCUCCUUUUCUGAUGGUCCUCCAUCAAUAGUAUUCUCCAAAGGUUCUGGGUCUUCUUUAACCUCAUCUUUUUCUGGUUCAUUUUCAUUCACCACUUUAUCCAUCUCAGUUCUGAUCUCUUUUGGUUGCUCAUCCAAUAAUUGUUGCAUGAUGCCAACAAUGGCAUCAUGGGGUGUCCAACAGUGUUUUUACCGUUACUGAGUGCUCUUGGGCUUAUUAACAGCUCACUUUCUUGAAGAUCUUACAGUCUCUGCUUUGAGUCUGAGUCCCCUUGAUUUUUAUCAAACCACAUUUUCCGCAUUUUUUUUCUCACAGUAGCAUAAUUAUGCUAGUUAGUUUCAUUUUGCAACCAGCACUUUAUCCAGAAGGACGGAGCGUUAAAAAUAAAAGACAGCAAAGAUUUCUAACAGUUGGAACACCUCUUAGCUGUUUAAAAUAUUUUGGGGGCCACAAUUAAAGCAUGCUUUUCAUUUUGCUUUCAACCUUUUGAUUUUCGUCUCUCUUCGUAAGCCAGCAGUCGGGUUGCAUUCUAGAUUUAUAUUUCAACUGGCAGACAGAAAACCUCAGUCAUAAUUUAUAAUAGUCUCACAAAUAAAUAAAGGGAGGUUUAGCUGACUUUAUGUCCCUUGGGACUAUUACGUGGUGUUUGGGCAGAGCAGUGGAAAACAGCCUUUCAGAGCCUCGGAGCUUAAUCUCGGUUCUCUCGUGUUUUCCCAGGGAUUAUGUGAUAACCGAGAUUUAUAGCUCGGCUAUCAUUAACCAUCACAUAAUUAUCUCCAUGAACAGGGUGUCUGUCAACAAGAGAUAUGUAGUCCACCAUCUUUCCUUCCUGGACGUUGCCCCAUAAGAGCAGUCAAUUUGUGUUUGUUCCUGACACUGAAGAUCCUGACCCAGGCUCCAUUUUGCCAAGGCCACCACUUCCUGAAAACAUUACCGAAGAGUUCAAACAGCUCUUUUCUUGCCUGCCUGCCUGGAGCCAGAGUAAAUAUUUAAUGCAGCUCGGGGGAGCUUAAGGAAGGAUGUUUCUGGAAUUGGAGACUGCGGUGAUUCUCCUAAUAGCAUGGGCUCCUCAAAUUCAUCUCACACUGGGCUGGGCUAGGCUGGAAGGAAGCUGAAGAGCUGAAGAUUCUUUGCAACCUUUUAGGCAGCAGCUUCAGUUUCAUCAAAGGUUUCCCUACAGUCAUAGAACCGUAGAAUUUAAAGGGACCCACGGGUCAUCUAGCUCAACCCCCUGCAUUGCCAGGCCUGCAGGUACUUUAAAACCAGCGGGUCUUACAAAGGAAGAACAUUUAUAAAGUUCUUCCUGAGGACCAAAAAUGAUGCCCACCCCAGAAGCUCAUCAAUGGCAGCUCCCAGAAACCAGCCUUGGGUUCUCCAUGGGCCGGUCUAGUUUGCCUCUUCUCCUGAACUCUUUGGAGGCCGAGAGUGCAACCCAGCUCCUGCUACCUGCUAAAAUCACACCCCUCUUUCCUCUUUCUCCAGCGCUGUUUAUCCCCAAUCUCUGGCUUCCCUCCUGGAAACUGCAGUGGUAGUCAGUGCUCCCUUGCUGACAAUUCCCUUCCAUAACACUGUGAUAGGAAUUUUGAGGUCUUAGAUAUAUGGUAAUGUUCAUAAGCGUACCAACCAAGCACGUACAUAGAUCAGCACAGGAAGACCAACCUGGAACCAUUUUGAUUCCUAAACUGAGCAAAUGUUUUCUCUGCAGGGUCAAAGUGGGAAACCUCCCAUUGUCUCUUUCCUCACAAAUCCUGUCUUAAGGGCACGACAAAGGACUCUAUAAAGGCUCUUGUGUCCCCCAUAAGGGGAUAAGGGCAGAUUUUUUGUUUAUUACAAUAGAUAAUUUAUUACGGUCAAAGACCAGCUCACGUAACAUAACACAAUAAAAACAGUGUUCAUAAAGAUAAAAUAUACAACCGGAACAGAUUGCAGCAAUAGCUCAUGAGUUAAAAUUGAGAUACAGUAUAUACAUACACCCGUACAACUGAGAUUUGGGCUACCAUAAAAAAUUGACCCUGAGGCACCCCAAAGAGCAACUUCAGCAUUUCCCUAAUAAGCUAUUUUAUUCUAGAGAAUGAUCUGUGUCUACAAAUCUGGGCGCAGAAUCUGGCUACGAGCCAGGUAGUUCAGUGGUAGAGCAGCUGCUUGGCAUGCGGAAGGCCCCAGGUUCAAUCCACGAUGGCAGCAUUGCCUGGUAGGGCUAGGAACAGACCCUCUGCCUGAAAACCCCCUGGAGAGCCACUGCUGCCAGCCAGUGCAGACAAUGGUAGGGCUGGUUGAAAGAACGUUGGCAGCCCAAGGUUAGUUAGAAUUGCAAGGCGGCAGCCUCUUCUUCCAGCACUGUCCCCACACCCAAAUCUACAGAGCAGGUGUGUUUUGGAUAAGGAAAGGGGGAGUGGGGGGGCAGGACUGGUGGAUUGUGCCCCUCCUUAAUUUGAGGACCCUCUUCCAGGCAGGAGGCUGUUGCAGGGAUGGAGACACCCUCUGCCUGCUGGAAUGUCAGCCUGCCUCCAACUCUGUUUCUCUUACACAAAGAGAGGAUGCUCAAAUGGCAGAUGAAGAUGAAGGACUAUAUGGAACAUGCCAAACUGACUGGGAGACUCCAAGACCAGAGAGAAGAGACGGUGGAAAAAGACUGGAAGAAGUUUAAAGAAUAUUUGAAAAAAUAUGUUAAUGUUUAAACCUUAGAAUAGCUUUGGAAGUGGAUAUAGGCUGUAGGGUUAGAAGUAGAAGAUAGGGUAUUUUAAAAUAGUAUUAUUUGUAAGUGAUAAAAUGUGAAGUUAUUUUAAGUGUGAUUAAAAAAAAAGAUGGUUAGAAAUUAUAAUAUAUGUAAACUGCUAAAGGUGAAGUAAAAUGAAAAUCAGAUAGGUGGGACUUGGGAAAGCCCACUUAACAAUGUUUAGAAAAAUAAGGAUAUGACAAGAAUUUGUUUGUAUUGUUUGUCUUUUCUGUUUGUGUUUUUUAUUUGUGUUAUAAAAUGAAUAAAAAUUUUUUGAAAAAGAAGAAGUAGAAGAUAGUGUAUUUUAAAAAAGUAUUACUUGUACGUGAUAAAAUGUGAAGAUUUUUAUGGUAAAAGUAAGUGUGAUUUAAAAAUGGUUAAAAAUUAUGAUACAGUGGUACCUCGGGUUAAUAAUAAUAAUAAUAAUAAUAAUAAUAAUUUAUUAUUUAUACCCCACCCACCUGGCUGCCCCCCCCCCAGCCACUCUGGGUGGCUUCCAAAAAAAAUUAAAAUACUGUAAUACAUCAAACAUUAAAAGCUUCCCCGAACAGGGCUGCCUUCAGAUGUCUUCUAAAAGUCUGGUAGUUGUUGUUCUCUUUGACAUCUGAUGGGAGGGCGUUCCACAGGGCGGGGGCCACUACCGAGAAGCCCCUCUGCCUGGUUCCCUGUAACUUGGCUUCUCGCAGGGAGGGAACCGCCAGAAGGCCCUCGGCGCUGGACCUCAGUGUCCGGGUAGAACAAUGGGGGUGGAGACACUCCUUCAGAUAUACUGGACCGAGGGGUUAAGUGUUUAAUUCGUUCUGGAGGUCUGUUCUUAACCUGAAACUGUUCUUAACCUGAAGCACCACUUUAGCUAAUGGGGCCUCCUGCUGCUGCUGUGCCGCUGGAGCACGAUUUCUGUUCUCAUCCUGAAGCAAAGUUCUUACCCUGAAGCACUAUUUCUGGGUUAGCGGAGUCUGUAACCUGAAGAGUCUGUAACCUGAGGUACCACUGUAUAUGAAACUGCUAAAGAUGAGGUAAAAUGAAAAUCAGAUGGGGGGGACUUGGGGAAGCUCACCUAGCAAUGUUUAGAAAAAAUAAGGAUAAGACCAGAAUUUGUUUGUAUUGUUUAUUUGUGUUAUAAAAUGAAUAUUUUAUUUUUUUGAAAAAAAAACACGCACAAAAACAAAGAGAGGAUGCUCUGAUUUCUCCCUGACCACCCACCUCUUUCCCCCUCCUCCCACCUUUGCACAAUCCCUCUUUUCCACCCACCCACCCCUCCAUGUCCCCGCCCCCAGGCUGACAGGCAGCAAGAGAUGGUGCCGGGAAGCCUCCUCUGCUUCUGCUGCUUCUCCUCCUCCAUCCCAUAGCUGCUCAGCAACAGCAGAGCAGGGGCCUGCCAGUGCGUGGGGCUGGGGGGGGUAGUGGGCUGGCGUGGCUCCCAGUGCCCCUCCUUUCCCAAGCCAUAAGCACUGCCUCUCCUGCUGCUGCUGCUGCUGCUCUGACAUCACUGCUCCAUCUCCUUUGCAGGACCAGAAGAUGCUUCACAGCCCAGCAGGAGGAUGGAGGUCCCCAGGCCAGGGAUGAGGAGCUAGGGGAGCGCAGGGAGACUCUCUGGCUUUGGAGGGGCCCCCACCCACCCAAAUGA